AUGGAGGCAAAGGCUGCAGAGCUUCUGGCGGUCUUCAAGAACCCCAACGUCUCUAUUGACUCUCGCGUCGCCCACCUGACCGCCAUCAAAUCCGAUAUCAAGCAAAAAAACGUCCCCGAAAGUGCGAUUGUAAUCAUCUUUGAUACCCUGCGACUUGCUAUCAGUUCUCAGCAUUACUCAGUGGCCAGCGCCGGCUUCUCCACCCUGGGCCAUUUCUUGAAGCGUCUUUCAAUCCAAGAUCAGCAACAAUGGAUCCUCAGCCAAGCAUCCAACUUCUAUCCUAUCCUGCUGGAGCGACUGGGUGAUCAUAAGGAACGCGUGCGCGCCCAAUCCGCAUCUAUCUUCACCGAACUUUGGUUACAGGCAAACAGCGAAGCCGAAUACUAUGUGCUACAGUGUGCCCUAGUGGGUAAGAACCCAAGGGCCAAAGAAACGAGCAUGCUAUGGUUAUCAUCUAUGACGAAGAACCACGGUUUGUUAUUCCGACAGUACGUGCCCUCACUGGUUGCGUGCUUAGAAGAUGCCGACAGCUCUGUUCGAGAUACGGCGAGAUCAACUGUUGUGGAAUUGUUUAGAAAUGGUUCUGCGAGGGCCAAGUCAGAUCUACAAAAACAGAUUGUGGCUCGUGGGGUGAGGAAGUCGAUCGCAAGCGCUAUCUUGUCGAGCAUUGGCCUUGGCUCUGGAGAGCCGGAGAGCUCAAAUAGACCUGUCUCCCGCGUCGAGCGGCCGAUCUCAGUCAUGUCGUCCCGCUCACAUGCUGUCCAAGUACAUGAUGAUGAACACGAAUCGCGAACCCGACCGGCCCUAUCAAGAGGCCAUCAAGAUCGCUCGACCCCUGGUCCCCCAGAAGCCCCCAGUCGACCCAAGACCCCUGCCGAGAUACCUCACGUCCAGAAGCCUCUUUCAGAGGAGGAUGGCGUUGAGCCCUUGCUAGUUUCAUCGUCUCGAGACGUUGAAGAUACCGUACGGGAUAUGGCUUAUUGGUUUGAAGGCAAAGAAUCUGAGGAUAAUUGGAUGAAACGUGAAAAAAGCGCUAUCCAUCUCCGAAGACUCACUCGCGGUAAUGCGCCCCAUGAUUUCUUACAGUCUUUCCUUCAGGGCAUCAAAUCCCUUCUGGAUGGAAUUUUCAAAGUUGUGCAUUCCCUGAGAACUACUCUUUGCAGUGCUGGCUGCCUCUUGAUCCAAGAUAUCGCGCAGAUCUGUGGCCCCAAGAUUGACGGCAUGGUCGAGAUCAUGAUGCAGAACUUGAUGAAGCUCUGUGGAUCUUUAAAGAAAAUCGCAGCACAGAAUGGAUGCGCUACAGUCGACGCUGUCAUUGGAAAUGUGACAUUCAACAUACGAAUUCUGCAACACGUUCAUUGGGCUUCUCAAGAUAAGAAUGUGCAGCUACGUCUUUCUGCCCCUGGAUGGCUACGAACCUUGAUUUCUCGCCAAUCCCACCAUAAAAGCACAGUCGAACAUGGUGGCGGCCUGGACCUCAUCGAUAAGUCUCUCAGGAAGGGCCUUGCUGACGCAAACCCCGGUGUUCGAGAGGCAGUACGCAGUACCUUCUGGACUUUCUUUGGCGUAUGGCCCGAGAGGGCCAACCUGAUCUUGUUUGAUCUCGACGCCAAGUCACGCAACCUGUUGGAGAAGGACCCGUCGAAUCCUAACGCGAGUCAAGCGGCGCCCGCCUCUGCUGGCAAGAGUGCCAGCGGCCCCGCUGCUCGUUCUGCAUUAAAAGAGGCCAUUGCCGCCAAAAGGAGAGCUGCUAACAUGGCCUCCCGCCCUGAGUCUGCCCAGCCAACUUUCAAUGAUACCAAGGCGCCAGAGUCCUCUAGACCGACGGCGAGAACAGUUCCUACUGGUGCACCUCUUUCUUCCCUGUCCUCCGCCCCGAUGCGCCCUGCCAUGAAACCACGACGAGCUGAAAUAAACCGUCCGGCAACCGCAGACCCGUAUGCAUCUCGGCCAAGCUCUAGAGCGGCCCAAUCAUCUAGCAAGACGCCGGUCAGCUCUCCAAGAUCAGUGAGAUCCAAGGCCACCACACCGUCAUCCAAAACAAUAUCCGCUCCCCGUCUCCGACCUCAUGAGGCAGGCCAAACAGGAACAACCAGAGGCAAGCCUAAGAAGCUGGAUCUUUCCAAAUCUAAGUCCCACGGGGACCUCGCAGCUGCGAGUCAUGCACAACCAGAUGAGCCGGCCUAUGUUGUAUUGGAGAGCCCUCCCCUUCCAGCAUCCCAACCACCCCUCCGCAGCCACCGGCUACCUGGGCCUAGUCAAGAAGCAGCUCCAGAGCCUGUUGAAGAACCGCAGCCUCUUUCCCUAGAAGAGGCUGUUACUGUGCCCUCGCCGAGCACACCCAGACUGGAUCCCACAGUGCCACACCAUUCCGACCUGGAGGCCGAACCAGAAUCUCCUCCCAAGAUCCAACCCGACGAAAUGGUCAUAUAUGAGGACCCUGAUACCCCCGUUGCUGUUGAAGUCGACGCCCCUGAUAUGGCACCUGUUGAGCAUCUUACGCCACGAAAGUCCCCAACAAGAUCCCCGACGAGAUCUCCUGUGAGAACGCCGCGCCAUCCUCAUUACGAACCGGCCCUGGCUGAGGAAAUCGUAGCACAAGCCCCGGCUGGCCUGGAGACGCCGACCAAGAAUUUCUCUAUUGAAUUGAGUCCCCAACAGGCCCAACAGGGACCAACCAAAGAUACUGUGGCCAAUGAACCCCACUUUCAAUCGCCAAUUCGGAGAACACCCCUUCCAGGUAGUCCUUCCGCUUCAAGGAAUCGCCUUCAAUCUACAUCUCCUGAAAAGGGGAUGGGGAUGAGCCCUGCUCUAGCACAGGAAUCACUAAGGGAGCCUAUGGCCGAGAAGAACCUCAAUAAUGAGAAUGUCGCGCCCCAAAACAAAGUUCCUGACUAUUCGGCAGUACCUCUGUCUGCCGGCAAGCCCGGUGCUCUGGAAGAGGUAUCUCCUAAUGAGUCAGUGCCGAGAAGCGUCGAGCCAAGGCAAAGAUCCGUUGAAUCUUUGGCCCACUCCACGGGAGAGGAAACGUUGCGCCGCAGUCGAAAGUGGGCCGAAAGACAUCGGAGCCCAAGUCCUCGAUCGAAGGACCCCGCUAAUGCCAGAGAGAUGCUUCCCAAGGCCCUCAAGCGAAUCGGCACAAAGACAAUGGAUAUUUCUGGUUACCGAAAACUGCAAGGCCUUUUCCAAUAUCAUGGCGAAGAGCUCAUCUCUCAAGAUAAGGAUUACUAUGCCGUACUUGGGGCCCUUCUGCAUGAACUCGAGUCUGCACCAAUGAACCGCAAGGAUCACGACGUGAAAACUCAGAUCCUUGCCACGAUCCGCUCUAUGCUUAUUCGUACGAGUGAGAUGUUCCACCGAUAUGACAUCCCUGCCAUGGCCUCCCUCAUUCGGGCUCGCCAGCAUUACGAAUCCAACUCGCACUUUGUCACUUGCCUAGAGGAAGUUGCAGAGCAGUUAGUCACCUUGAUCCCGACCUCAGUCUCCAUCAAAGGUGUUCUCCAGGGACUGGACCUGGGAGGAGAUGCUAACAGCGAGGGAGCUUACCGAUCAAUCAUUCUGGGACUGUCCACCAUGCAUCAAGCCCUUGCCCAAGGAAGUGAGGAAAUCUCCGACGAAGUUCUCGCCAGUAUCGGAGAUGUGGUUAGCCAACAGCUCAACCACUCCAGACCAGGUGUGCGCAAGCAAGCCACCGAGCUGUGUACCCUCCUGAACCUGAAAUUCGGACUUGAACGUGUUCAGAAGCUCACCCAGCCGGCAGGGGAGGGAUCACUCAACCUGCUCACCUAUUUCAUGGCCCGCCGGUCUCAAUGA